AUGCUGCAGGCGAACAAGGCCACGGUCCUCACGGACUUCAACUUAGAAAGUCUUUCAAUUCAAUUUCUCGAAAUUGAUUAUUUCAUUUUGGUCUUCAGCAGAGUCACUCGCGUGGCUUCGCUGCUCGCCGGCUUCGCCUCCGCAGCACUCAUGCAGGCAGCAGGGUCUCCGGGGGGCCACCGUUUGCUGCAGCUGCUGCACAUCUUGGCCACCGGGGGGGCCCUUUGCUUCAUGCUGCUGGUGCUGCUGCUGUCCACUUUGUGCAGCAUGUGGGGCCCCGGGCUGGCCCUCAGGGGCAGCGGGCCCUCCAGUGUUGCUGCUGCUGUCAAGGCCAUGGACCAGGCGCAGCAAACCACCCUCAGGCUGUUUAACCUGGGUUUGUUUUGCUUCGUGGUUUCUUCUUCCGUGUCUGCGCUGCUGUUUCAAAGUGCACUUUGCUGCUGCAUUUUGAUAAUUCUUUAUUUCUUUAUUGGCUUCGAAAUCAGCAGCAGCAGCAAAGACAUAAAGCAGCAGCUGCUGCCGAGGGCCCUGGCUUCUGGGGAGAUCAAGGGCAACCCCUUGGCCCAGUCUGCUGCUGCUGCUGCUGCUGCUGAGGAAGCAGCAGCAGCAGCAGCGGACUCCUGCUGCCCUUCCGACUCCUUCCAGUGCCUAGGCAGCAGCAGCAGCAGCAGCAGCAGCAGCUAUUUCCAGUCAAGGUCCUCCACUGUAGAGACGAUUAAGUUUAUUAAGUGCCCAGCUGUACAGACACCGCAGCAGCAGCAGCCGUACGCAGCAGCAACCACGCAGCAAAACCAGCGGUUCCCUUCCCUGCAGCAGCAGCAGCAGCAGCAGCCGUACCUGCAGCAGCAGCACCAGCAGUCGUUCUCGCUGCACGAGCCCAACUACCAACAUCAGCAGCUGCACCACCAGCAGCAGCUGCAGCAGCAGCAGCAGCAGCAGCAAGAAGAAGAAGAGGAGAUACUGGGGGACUUCGCAAGCUCAGCAUACACCUCAAUCGCAAGAGGCCUUAGUCUCUUUUUGGGCCUCGAGGGAGAAGAGACAGGAGACACUUGA